UAGAAGUAGUGCGCGAGGCAGUUUUCCUGAUUGGAUUUCUGCUCUUUUUGACCCAGCUUCAUCAUUUCUUCCUGAUAGAAUUUUGCUCAUGGUUUUUCAGCGAAGAUUGGAUUUAAUGUGGUUUAAAAUAAAUAAAAUUGUUUGUAUGUGAGGUGUUUAACAACAUUCUGCUUGAAAGCUCGAGGCCACCUCUAGUCCUGUAAAAAGUCAGGAGGACGUUGUUGCUAAUUCAGUUACAAUGGAGUUUAAUAGGAGGAAAUUUGAAACAAUCUCAAACAUAAGUGAAGGACUAUUGAGGAAACCAUGAAGCCAUACUCACUAGUGGAGGGAGAGAACAUGCAGCUAGACGAGGACACCUGUGAAAGCAACAGUCACAAAGAACUGAAAAUUAUCUACAUUAAAGAAGAACCACCUAAUGAUGACGAGUACCUCUAUGGCUACCUUAAGGUGGAGGGGGCCAGCACUCCCGGUGGGCUUACCGUGCGCCUGGGCACCAAUCCAGACUGUGAGGACUGCAGAUCCUUUUUCUACGACAAAUGUGAGGUACAUGGUCCAGCUCUCUUCAUCCAUGAUACCCCCAUUCCCAUGGGAGUCACUGACCGAGCCAGACAAACCCUUCCUCUCUGUCUGGAGAUUGAGCAGUCCAAUAUUUCUGGUGCAGGCCUGGGAGUGUUUAAUAAGGGGGACACUGUUCCAAUUGGUGCUCACUUUGGGCCCUACCAGGGAGAACUGGUAGACAAAGAGGAAGCCACGAACAGUGGAUACUCUUGGGUGAUCUAUAGGAAUGGGCAGUGUGAUGAAUACAUAGAUGCCAAAAGAGAGAUGUAUGCUAACUGGAUGAGGUAUGUGAAUUGUGCUCGUAAUGAUGAUGAACAGAAUCUGGUUGCAUUCCAGUAUAGAGGGGGGAUUAUCUACCGCUGCUGUCGACCCAUAAAACCAGGACAGGAGCUGUUGGUGUGGUACGAGGAGGAAUACGCUCAAGAUCUCGGAAUUACCUUCGACUACCUCUGGAGCAAAAAGUGCUCAGCAAAUGAAAUGAAAGAUGCUCUGCAAGUCUUCUCCUGCUCCGUGUGUCGUCUUUCCUACACAGCUCAAAUUUACCUCCACAGACACAUGAGGAGAUGCCACCAUGAGGAAUAUGUGAGAAUGUUGCAACAAGAAAAGAUUAAAUCUGAUAAUCUGGAGAACACAAACAGCUCUGGUAGUGAGCAAGUGUCUUCUCAGGAAGAAAUGCACGACUGUCCAGACUGUGGGAUGAGUUUUACUUUAACAAGCCAUCUGGAAAUCCACCAGCGUGUUCACACGGGAGAAAAGCCGUACCCCUGCCUGCAGUGCGGAAAGAGUUUUACUCAACAGAGUAAUCUCCGAACGCAUGUACGCAUUCACACAGGAGAGAAGCCAUACCAGUGCUCACACUGCAGCAAGAGUUUUACUCAUCGCAGCAGCCUCCAUCUGCAUCAGCGCAUUCACACAGGAGAGAGGCCGUACCACUGUUUAUACUGCGAUAAAAGUUUUAUCCAACAGAGUGCUUUCCAGCAGCACCAGCGCAUUCACACAGGAGAGAAACCAUAUCAGUGCUUACAGUGCACGAAGAGUUUUACUCAGAUGAGCUCGCUCCAGCUGCACCAGAGCACUCACACUGGAGAAAGGCCGUAUCAGUGCUUACAGUGCGGAAAGAGCUUUAGUCGACAGAGUCAUCUCCAAACACACCAAAGCACUCACACAGAAGAAAAGCCGCAUCACUGCUCACAGUGCGAGAAGAGUUUUACUCUCCGGAGUCAACUCCAAGCGCACGCUCGCAUUCACACGAGAGAGAAGCCGUAUCCUUGCUCACACUGUGGGAAGAACUUUCCUUUCCAGAGCCAUCUCCAAAUCCACGAACGCAGUCACACUGGCGAGAAACCGUUUCACUGCUCAGUGUGUGGGAAGAGUUUUAUCGACAGAGGCACUCUGAAAACGCAUCAGCGCAUCCACACAGGGGAGAGGCCAUAUCGCUGCUCGAAGUGUGGGAAGACUUUUACUCAGCGAAGUUCUCUCCAACGACACCAACGACUUCACACAGACGAGCUGCAUCACUGCUCAGGAUGUGGGCGGGGUUUUACAGAGUUAAAUACAUUUCAGACACACAAGUGCACUUACACGGAUCCAUCAGCUCAUGAUCUGGAUCUCACAAAUCAAGAAUCAUGACUACCAUUAUUGGUUUUGGGUUAGCAUGAUUUGCUAAAUGGGUUUUAGCAUGUAUUUAGCUGUGGGUUUUGACGUCCUGCUGGAAGCAACAAAAAAUGUACUGCGUAUAAUGUUUUAUUACGGUGUUUCUUUUAAACUUUCCAUUGCUUUGAAAGUAAUUCAGAAAGUCUAUAUGAAACAUUUAAGUGGAAUUUAUAAUCUUUGAAUAAACAAAGUAUUUGAAACA